AUGGCCAAGUCCAUGAAUCACACCACAUACAACCAGUCUCGAAAAUGGCACAGAAAUGGCAUCAAGAAACACCAAUCACAAAGACACAAAUCUCUUAAAGGGGUGGAUCCCAAGAUCCCGAGGAACAUGCAUUUUGUCAAGAAGCACGACAAGAAGGGCUUGAAGAAGCAGGCCAACAAUGCCAAGGCUAUGAGUGCAUCUGCUGAAGAUAGCAAGGCCCUGGUCAAGCCUAGGAAAGCUAAGCCUGUGAUCCCAGAUGGUAUCGGCCGCAAGCUUGAUCGACUUACCUACAUCACCCACCCCAAGCUUGGAAAUUGUGCCCAUACCCACAUUGCCAGAAGUCUAAGGCUGUCCCAGCCCAAGGCCAAGGGCAAGGCCCAGGCUGAAAUCAAGUCCAGGGCUCAGACCAAGGCUUAG